CCAGCAGCUACCAACGCUCCUUAGUCCCAGAGCAACGGAUAUAACUGCCAAAAACCCAAAUCCAUUUUCCCCCACAGCUCCUUCUCCAACUCCAAUGGCUAACUUAACAAACCUGAACCAUCCAACAGAAUCCAUUCCAAACCUUCUCUCCAACAUUAUCCCCAAACACUCUCCAAACCCUGCACUUGCUCUUCCCACGAAACCUGCUGCUGAAGCAACAAUCAAGGAGCAGCAGCCAUUGAAGUUGCAAACCUCCAGAAGGCUAGCAUUAGGCGGCCUUGUCUCUGUAACCCUCAUUGCCAACAAUGGAGGUGGAGGAGCUUCUCUGGCUGCAGAUAACGGGUUUUGGAUCGACGGGCCUUUGCCCAAUCCCACCAUUGACAACAAAGAGCUUGCAAAUGAGAGGACGGGGACUCGUUCUUUCCUGAAGAAAGGGAUCUACGUAGCUGACAUUGGAGUGAAAGGGAGAAUUUACAGGAUCAAGAAAUCUGCUUUCGACCUUCAGGCGAUGGAGGAUUUGAUUGGUCCCGACACUCUCAACUAUGUAAGGAGGUACCUCAGGAUCAAGUCCAGUUUCUUGUACUACGAUUUCGAUAAGGUGAUAUCUGCUGCUGCUGACGAUCAGAAGCAGCCUCUCACCGAUCUGGCUGUCAGACUUUUCAACAACUUUGAGCAGCUAGAGGAAGCUGCAAGGAAGAACAGCCUGCCUCAGACAGUGUCAUGCUAUCAAGACACUAGCUUGCUUCUCAAGGAGGUGAUGGAGACAAUGGCCUAGAAACUAAAAAAUUUCCUGCACCAUGGUGACGAUAAUGUAACGUGGUUACCUGCAUUACA